ACAACGGUGCGGUUCAGGUCAUUCCGUGUUUACAGCUCAAAAUAUUUAGCCUUUACGCUGCGCCUGCUCACUCAGAAUGAAGCGUUCGGACGAAAAGCGCGGCAAGCCCCCAAAACCCUCGAAGAAGAAUAAAGCCAAGGCAGACUCGCCGUCUGUUAAACCUUCCAAGAAACCGAAAUCGGCUUCUACAACAGCCGCAUGCGGAGCCCCGAAGAUCCCGCUGCGCGUCGAUGACGACACGUGGAAGCAGCGCGCCUCCACCGACGAGGAACGCGCCGAUCGUUCUGGUGGCAGCGGCGGCGGCGGCGACGACGAGCCGGACGCAAUCGCCCACGCGCCAGACGGCGGUGGGCCUGCAACUGGCUCGGCGGCUGCCGGCGUGGGUGCUGCCGGCGCGGCCGGCACGGCAGGAGGGGAGGAGGAGCUGACGGGUCUCGUGCUGCGCAACGAGGAGUUUGAGGACGGCAGCACGGGCGGCAGCGGCAGCGGCGGCGUGCGAUGCCUGCACGAAGUUGCGUACCCCAAGGGCUGGAAGCUUCCCACCAGCAAGGAAGCUGCGCGGAAACCGCUGCCAGAAAAGCCUGCCAAGGAGUACCCGUUUAAGCUGGACCCGUUUCAGGAAGAGGCCGUGCGGUGCCUGGAAGCCAACGAAUCCGUGCUGGUGUCCGCACACACAUCCGCAGGCAAGACAGUGGUGGCCGAGUACGCCAUUGCCAUGGCCAUGAGGGACAACCAGCGCGUCGUGUACACGUCGCCCAUCAAGGCGCUGAGCAACCAGAAGUUUCGGGAAAUGAGCCAAGAGUUCGGGGACGUGGGGCUCAUGACUGGGGACGUCACCAUCGCGCCUAACGCCACGUGCCUGGUUAUGACGACUGAAAUCCUGCGUAGUAUGCUGUACCGCGGGUCGGACUUCGUGCGCGAGGUGGGGUGGAUCAUAUUCGACGAGGUGCACUACCUGCGGGACAAGGAGCGAGGCGUGGUGUGGGAGGAGAGCAUUGUCAUGGCGCCCAAAUCUUCUCGCUUUGUCUUCCUCUCGGCGACUGUGCCCAAUGCCCGAGAGUUUGCAGAAUGGGUGGCGAAGGUGCACCAGCAGCCGUGCCACAUUGUCUACACGGACUACCGCCCCACGCCUCUCCAGCACUACAUCUUCCCCGCAGGCGGCAUGGGGCUCUUCCUUGCCGUCGACGAGAAGGGCAAGUUCCGCGAAGCUUCCUUCCAGAAGGCAAUGAAUGCUGUGGAAGGGGGGGAGGGAGGGGGCGGGAGAGGGGAGGAGGGGGAGGAGGGGGGGAAGAAGGGGGGGAAGUGGGGGAAGGGGAAGCGGGGAGCGGGGGGAGGGGGAGCGGGCGGAGCAGGAGGGGGAAGGAAAGGGGAGGAGAGUGACAUAUACAAGAUAGUGAAGAUGAUAAUGCAGCGGCAGUACGACCCGGUGAUCGUGUUCUCGUUCAGCCGCGCGGACUGUGAGGCGCUGGCGCUGCAGAUGUCACGGAUGGACCUGAAUGAGGACGAAGAGAAGACGCUCAUCGAUGGCAUCUUUAGGAACGCCAUUGACAGCCUGGCAGAAGAGGAUAAGAAGCUUCCCCAGGUGAACAGCAUGCUGCCGUUGCUGCGGCGGGGCAUCGGCAUCCACCACUCUGGCCUCUUGCCCCUGCUGAAGGAAGUGAUCGAGAUCCUCUUCCAGGAGGGGCUGCUCAAGUGCCUGUUCGCCACGGAGACGUUCAGCAUCGGACUCAACAUGCCCGCCAAGACAGUUGUCUUCACCAACGUGCGCAAGUGGGACGGCACCAAGUCACGCUGGCUGUCGGGCGGUGAGUACAUCCAAAUGAGCGGGCGCGCAGGCAGGCGAGGGCUGGACGACCGGGGCAUCUGCAUUCUGAUGGUGGAUGCAAGGAUGGAGCCGGCUGUGGCCAAGGGCAUGGUGAAAGGCUCUGCUGACCCGCUGGUCAGCGCCUUCCACCUGUCCUACAACUUCAUCUUAAAUCAGCUGAGGAGCCCUGAGGUGGAGAUAGAGGAGACCAUCCGCAGCUCGUACCGCCAGUUCCAGUCGGACAGAGCACUGCCGGCGCUGCAGGCGCGUUUGCAAGCCCUAGAGUCCGAGUACUCAUCAGUCGACAUCCCCGACGAAUCAAGCCUCCUCUCGCUCCUCUCGCUGCGCCGCCAACUCUCCUCGCUACGAGCCGAGAUCCGCUCCUUCCUGACCUCCCCCAAACACGCCCUCCCCUUCCUGUCCCCUGGGCGGGUGGUGCGGAUACUGUGCAAGGGGGAAGGGGGAGGAGUGGGAGGAGGAAUGGGAGGGGGAGAAGGGGAGGGGGAGGGGGAAGGGGAGGAGGGAGGGGGGAUAGGGAACGAGGAGGAUGUGACUGUAUGGGGCGUUGUGGUGAAUUUUAAGAAGGUGAAUCGGAAGAAGGGAGGCAUGGGAGGAGGAGGGGAGCAACAAGAAGGGGCAGAGGAGGGAGCAGCUGACGUGGCAUAUGACGUGGACAUACUCACACGAUGCGUGGAGGAGAGCGCGGGGCGGAUGGGGCCGCCUGGGAGCGGCAAGAGAGUCGUGCGCCCGUGCAGACCGGGAGAGGAAGGGGGCAGUCCGCUGGUUGCAUCGUUCCCUCUGACUCAGUUGGACGGCAUAAGUGCAGUGCGCCUGUUCCUCCCCAAGGACCUGAAGCACAAGGAGCCAAGGGAGGCCGCCCUUAAGUCGCUACAGCAGCUGCUGCUGCGAGCUGGGCCGGAUGGCGUGCAGAUGCUGGACCCUGAAGAGGAUAUGGAGGUCAACAGCUCUGCCUAUCGCAAGGCAGUCAGGAGGGCCGAAGCACUAGAAGCAAUGGUCAGCUCCCAUGCUCUAGCCUCGGCGCCGGACCUGCAGGCUCGGAUCCGGGAGCUGGCUCGGAAGAGCAAGCUGAAGAACGCUCUCAAAGUGCUCAAGAAGGAAGUGAAGGCAGCGGGCGGGCUUAUACUGAAGGACGAGCUUAAAGCGAGGAUGAGGGUGCUGCGGCGACUAGAGUACAUUGACGAGGACGAGAUCGUGCGUGUGAAGGGCAGAGUGGCCUGUGAGAUCUCCUCGGCAGACGAGCUGGUGGUAACCGAGUUACUGUUUAGCGCCAGCCUGGCAGAGCUCACCCCGGAGACGGUGGCAGCGCUGCUGUCGUGCUGCGUGUGGCAGGAGAAGGGCGCGGGGGGCGCCAAGAGGCCGAGGGAGAGUCUGCAGGGGCCGUUGGCUCAACUGAGAGAGAUUGCGAGGCGCAUAGCACGCGUGCAGGAGGAGUGCAAGAUAUCUCUCGACGUGGAAACCUACGUGGCGUCAUUUCGCCCGGACAUUAUGGAAGCCGUGUUUGGGUGGUGCCAUGGGGCCAACUUUGCCGAUGUGCUUGCAGCAGCUGACACCUUUGAGGGCUCGCUCAUCCGCGCUAUGAGGCGGCUGGAGGAACUGCUUCAAGAAAUCAUUGUGGCAAGUAAGACUAUCGGUGAAACAAACCUUGCAGAAAAGGUGGCUGCAGCAAGUGAGAAGUUGAAGAGGGGAAUUGUUUUUGCAGCAUCUCUCUACUUGUAAACCAUCAUUACCAUUUGUUUCGUGGACCUUCCAUGCUCUUGACAACAUUUUCUAACUAUGCCAUUAUAAUGCUAAUACGCAUCAUGAAUAUCAAAUCGAAAUUCUGCAAAUAAUAUGGGUGAAGAUUUUGCAUGUCAUUUGUAAUGGUUGAGUGG